UAUACCAGAGAUCUUGGGUUUGAGACGUGAGAAUAAAGGACCUCUUGGAAGUUGGAAGCAAGCGUUUUACUUGCCUUAGUGGGCCCAUCUGAUGUAAAUUCGAAUUAGUUAGGCUAGUGAGCUCUGCCUACCCAAUACUUAAAACACUAGCUCAAAGCGUGACAUGUCGUUUGGGCAAUAUGUAUCCCGCUGGGUAAGACUCGUAAUAAACCUCUGUAAGAUAAGGAGGAUCAUAAGAAAGUCGUGGAGUGCAUAAGCCCCUUUAGAGAUAGGGGUGACUUUCUUGUGGUAGUAAUUGCGAAUGAGCAAGUAGGGGCGGAAACUAAAGAGCAACCAAGUCCAGUUCAAAUGGCAGAUUCAGAAUCUCCCAAGAAGAAUCAAGAAAUGAAUAUAAUCAAAUGGACUAAUAAGUGAACUACUUUGAAAGUUUCUUCCUCAAAGUAGAUAACUUUUUUAAAGAAAGAAGAAGAUUAGUUUUCUCAUUUCUGCAAAGUUCUCAAUAAGUGAACUAUAUAUUUUAUGUUAUAGGGAUGGUUUGAAUCAGAUGAUUUGAUGUCAGCUGAUUCAUCGAGCUCAAGAUCAUUGGUUGAUGAACCACAAGUUCAGAAAAAGGGUAGCAGAAUCAAGAACAGAACUGACUUGAAAAAUAAAAUGAAAACUUUUGGCAGAAGGUCAAGAACAAGUGUCGAGCAGCCGACUAAUUAUCCCUCUGAUUAUGAAUCAACCCCCCAACAUCUCUUAUAUGAAGGAAACAAGCUGUUCUGAAGUGAAAAGAUGUCAUUUCCAAGCAAGUUCUCACAGUUCUGAAUCUAGCUUUGAUAGUAGUGAUCAAAGUUCAAGUUCAUCUUAUUUUCAAUCAGAUUCUUCAGCUUCAUCUAGUCGGAAAUCUUUGAGUACUUUAUCUAGGACAUCUAGCUUUAGAAGUGUGAAGAUUUUGAUAAACAAGGCUAGUUCUAAAUCCAAGAGGUCUAACUCAAAUUACCACCAAGUUACAGUUAAGUCAACUUGUUCUUCCACCCUAAAGGAUUUGAAGUUCCCUAAACACGUGGAACUUCAUCCUGGACAAAGUGAAUCGGACAGGAUUUCAAAAGUGAGAGUUUGUUCAUACCAUCACUGUUCACCCAAUAAUGAUCCGUCGCCACCAGUAAAGCGUGUCUAUACAAGGAAAAACUCUUUAAAUCGCAGAUGAGGACAUUGAUGCUGAUUUCUAUCAUAUGCUUUCACUGCCACUUCUCAUCAAGUCAGGUGACAAUGUCACUACAAGUGAGGAGGAUGAAAAUAUCAAUAGAGAACUGUCCAAGUAUGAACCAUUUGUCACUAAAACAAGAUUGGUACGCGAUGAUCUUGUCGUAGCAAAAUGUUGCACUGAGUUUUCUUCUGCUUCAGCUAGCAACACUGGAAUGGAACUCCAAGAGAAUUUGAAAGAGAAGGAUGGCAAAGCUAAUCCAACCGAGGACCUUGACAACGCGUCAUGUCCAAUAGGACAUUUUGAAUCCAGGAGUUAUCCUCUAAUUGAAGAUGCUGAAUCCAAUGCCUCGGCCCAGAAACUGAAUGUACCUCAGUUUGCAGAAGAGAAGCAUAGGAGCAUGUGGAUCCUGAUUCAUAGACAUAUGAUCCCUGAUGUAUCUACAGAAUUGGAUAGCAAACUGACCUGUGGAGACGAUGAAGAAAAUCACAAGAAUGAGGGCAAACAAAUCAUGUGCUGCAGAAAGUUCUGAUUCAUUUUUGAAUUUUUUCGAACGAGAAUCAACGACUACAAAUGAGGAUGCAGAUAACCAGGAGAUUGAAGUGCGCAAGAUUUUUGCCAUUAAGCUAGUACGAGAAGCAAUUGAGAGAAUUCUUGUUCCAGAAGUUCAAGACCAGUCAUCAGAUGAUCAAUCAGUAACAAGUGAAGUCUGUACUGAAGAAAACUUCAAGGAGUCUGACACCAAAAAUGAAGAAUGUGAUAAGGCAUCCGAGUCAGAUAAAGGAAGUAUUACCAGAGAAAACAUUGGCAGCCCGGACAAACGGAAAAUGGAAGGACAAAUUACAAACAAAGCUGCGAAGAAAGCACCAAAGCACUGGAGCAAUCUUAAAAGAUGGAUUAUUCUCCAACAAUUCAUCAAGGAAGCCAUGGAGUUGGAGUGAAACAUGUCAAGAUAGUAAUUUGAGAAUUCUUUUACAUGAAUUAUAAAGGCAAGCAAAUUAGCUACCUACACUUUAUAGGCUCUAGCUAAUUCCCUGAUAAUGAGGAAAGAAUCACAUAUGGUAAGCUGUAUGUAUAUCCCUGUUAUAUUUUGACGAUCUAACAAACUUACUGUCAAGAACCCGAUAAGGAACACGUUACACAUUCUCAAGACCUUAAGAUCAAAAGGAUCCAGCUUGGGAUAUGGUUAAACUCUUCAGAGUCAAAAGAACAACAGAGGGAACGGAUAGCUACCGUUUCUCGAGAAAAUUACACAAGUCAACUGUCCCAGUUGUAAAGUUGCUGCCUCCAUAUGCUACAGUGCAGAAACAGUGCAGCAGUCAACUUUAUGGGGAGUGUCUUUUACCUACCUUGCUUACAUCAUCCUAGUGAUGUCACAAAUGCAUUAUUAACAUCAAGGAAGGUUAAAAAAAUGACUUGAACACUUAGAGAAUUUACUCAAGCACACUCACUGUGAUUGAUCAUCAAGAAAACGAUUCUCAAGUGCAUCAAGAACAAAGAACAACACUACUACGGACUAGUUCCCCAUAUCAGGUUUUUGUAUGUCCUUAGUUGAGUUGUAACUUUGUAAUAGUUCUUCAAUUGUAAUUCCUA